AUGGCUGGCAUUCAAAAUGGCAGCUCUGAGUUGAGAGCACUUUCCAAGAUUGUGGGCCAGCAAUCAGUAACUAUAGAAAAACUCAUGACUUGCCUUCAAACUGUUGAGGAAGAGGUUGCUGUUCUCCAUGCAUGGAUGGAGACACAGCAAGAUGAUCAUCUGGAAUCAAGUAGAGGGAGGAGAGCGAUGAAACUAUACAUACACCCUCUAUUUGCUGAUCUUUGUGGCAUCAAAAGAAGUCUUGAGCAUGGUGUGAGAGCACUUGCUCUGAUGCAUGUUAAGCCUUUGGACACAUGUGAGCCAUUCAAGCAGAUUGACCAGAAGACUCAUGUGUGGCACACAAACUGCCUUGGCCAAACUUGGUGCCAGCAAACAGGCAAGGGCGAACUUCCUGACAGUGAUUACAGCAUGCCUAUCAUCAAGGAAUGUGUGAAGACAUACUUUCAAAACAUCCAUAAGGAGUGGGUAACAAUACUAGAGGACUUACCACAAGGCAUUAAGGUUGCAAAGUAUAUUGCAUUCCUUCAUCAUCUCACACUCAAGUCCACAAAAAAUUUGACUGCAGAUAGUGAUGGUACAGUUGACCCUGAUAUAGCUGCAUCUACCUUGAAUGCACCCCCAAGAAAAUGCAGAAAGUCUGACAAGAAAACAUGGAAACAAACAUUUGAUGCUCCACCUGGGAUGAUGUAUGAUCAAGGCCUGCAAUUGCAUAAGAAGAAACCUGUCUUACCAUUCAAAAAUAUGGUUGACAAUGCUUGCUUCUACUCUCAGCUGCAAGAAGGAGCACUGUUGAAGGAGGAUGCCAAAUACCUCAGUGAGUUGGAAAAGUGGAAGGAGCACAAGGAACAUGAGAACAAUGCAGAUCAGAGUGACAUAGAAUAA